UUAUCUCGUUAUCCCGCAGCCCGCCAGGGAUAUCAAACGGCCGGUAGCCGCAGAAGAUAAUACCUUUAUGGACACACAGAAGACAGAUGGAUACGCCAUAUAAAGGUGUGCGUAUGGUUUCAUCACUUACAGCACAAUGCCCAUGGACCACGUGUCUGUCUUCUGUGUAAACUCCCCCAUGAAGCACUCCGGUGCCUGGAUCACAGAUGAAGAAGCAGAUAAAAGUAUACAGGCCACCGGCGCUCACCAUAUAUGGCCGCGUGCCAGGCAACCCCUCCUGCGCCCAUCGAAGAUGGCCAGGUCAAAAUCAAGCAGCCUAGCCUCGAUCUCGCCUCUUUUGAACACAAAUUAUAUCCCUUGAUAUCUCGAUGGCACACCUAAAAGGGAAACAAAAGAAUGUGCGCUCACUGUAUCAUUAUGCAUCCCAAUUCACUCACGCCGCAUGCGUGAAGGUGCCGGACUGCCGAAAGGACAUCCCUCAUGAUACCCUUCACCCUUGCCUCCGGCACGGCCUGGGGGAUGUAGUGGAUCAGGUCGAUCCCGCUGCAUUCUUCCAU